UGCCGUAGUUUGGAGCCCGGAAACAUCACGAACUGGAAACGAAAAAAGUUUUAAACAAACAAGAUGGCUGAAUAGCCUAUUUCAUCUGGAUCUCAUCCAUAAUGUUGCCUAAAUUCAAGUGUCCCAGUCCGCUACAAAACCUACACAAGCUUGCUACUGUCAGUGUUAUAUCUGAUCAUUGAAUCAUGAGUCCCCCCAGUUGAAUGUUCAGGAGGAUCUGUUACUGCCUCAGCCACUGUCUCUACACAGCCAUGUCACGCCUGGAGCCGGAGGAGGAGAGCGGGCCUGGGCAUGAGCCCAGCAGGGAGGUGGACAUGUGGUCGUCAGUGCGUUGCCUUGGUUACCUGUCCAGUUUCAACCUGAUGGUGGCGGUAUGCCUGGGCCUGUACGUGCGCUGGGAGCAGACAGACGAGCCCAUGAUCCUUGUUAUCUUCAUCCUGGGUCUCUUCGUCCUGGGCAUCGCCAGCAUCCUUUACUACUACUUCUCCAUGGAGUCAGCCAGUCUAAGCCUCUUCCACCUGUGGUUUGGCUUCCUUCUGGGCCUCCUGUGCUUCCUCAAUAGUCCCUCUCUGGAGAAGAAUGUGAAGGAGCAGGCUACUAACUACCUACUGCUGGCUAGUGUGGCUUUGAGGACGGUGUGGGCCUUAACAGAUAGGAUAAUGGGCUGCAUUCACUAUAAACCCACCCUGCUCUUGUCCGAGGAGCUCCUAGAACUCCUGGGCUUUGGAAUUGCCAGCACCACCAUGCUGAUGCACAAAUCUAUUGCCCUCAUUGCCCUAGUGGUGGCGCUGGGGGCUCUGAUCGUGAGCCUACGUGUUAAGUCCCUCCUAGCCCUGCCCAACUUGGCCUGCUUCGCCCUGGUCACCUCCCUGCUGUUCUUCAAGGCCGUGGGGAUAACCACCAAUCCCUUCGCCCUGGGCUGCUACCUGGGCCGUCUGAUAUGUGACCCCCUCUUGGACGUCUAUUUCAGCAGCCUGGGGGCCACCGAGCGCUGGCUGCCCCUGCUUUCCUGGGGACGUGUCUGGCGUCGACUCUCCCUGCUCCCUCUGGGGCUGGUGGAGAUAGCCUUCUUCAUCCUAGCCGCUCUAAAGAUGAGCCAUCUAGAACUGUGGUACCUGGUGAUCCCUGGAUUCUGUGUGUUUGGCCUGUUUUGGACAGUCUGCCAUGUGGUGCUGCUGAUCACACUAUGGGGCUUCCACACCAAGCUGAGUGAAUGUCAGAAAACGUGCUCGAUCCAGCAGUCAGACACACGCAGCCUGGACCGGGUCAUGGCCUCGCGGGGGAUGAGACACUUCUGCCUGAUCUCUGAACGCCUGGUCUUCUUCAGCCUGGUGUCCACAGCCAUACUGGCAGCUGUGUCCUGGCAGCCCUCAAAUGGUGUGUUCAUGAGUGUGUUCCUGGUGGUCCUCCCUCUGGAGUCUCUGGCCCAUGGGCUCUUCCAUGAGCUGGGCAGCUGCCUGGGGGGCACAUGUGUGGGCUACGCUCUCGUCGUCCCUACCAGCUACAGCAGCCCAGACGGCCAGCCCACCCUCCUACCUCCGGACCGGGUGCAGGAGCUGAACGUGCGCUCCACGGGCAUGUUGAACAGCGUGCAGCACCUCUUCUCCCACCACAUGAUCGAGACGUUUGGCUGUGACUACUCCACCAGCGGGGUGACUUUGGAGGCCCUGCAGGCCAAACUCAAGGCCUUCCUGGAGCUCCGCACGGCCGACGGGCCCCGCCAUGAUACAUACGUGGUGUUCUACAGCGGGCAUACGCAGCGCACCGGGGCCUGGGCACUGGCAGGAGGAGACUCUCUGCGUCUGGAGCAGCUGCUGGAGUGGUGGAAGGAGAAGAACAGCGGCUUCACCUCCCGUCUCAUCCUGGUCCUGGACACAGAGAACUCCAUGCCCUGGGUAAAGGAGGUCCGCAGGACGGAGGGAGUCUACUUGGCCGUGCAAGGGGCCGAGCUCGCCCCCGCCGGCGACAUCGAAGGCGGGGACGCCCCCCGCCUCGGGGACUUCACCUCGGAGUGGGUGGAGUUCAACUGCAACCCGGACAGCACCACCCAGUGGUCGGAGAAGGACAGGACGGUGGCAGCGGCCUACGGCGUGUCGAAGCACUGGAGCGACUACACGCUCCAUCUUCCCACAGGGAGCGACGUGGCCGAGCACUGGAAGACCCACUUCCCCCAGGCUACCUAUCCUCUGGUGCACCUAUCCAACUGGUGCUGUGGGCUCAACCUCCUCUGGCUGUGUGGAGUGUGUCUGAAGUGCUUCAGAAGAUUCAAACUGGGCUGGUUCCCUCCCAAUAUACUAGACACGGGACAGGGCAUCAAACUGGUCCACUCAUAGAGUGACUGAGCUGUCUGUCUGCCUGGGAGAUCACUUGCCUGACCACUCACCCUGAAUUGAAUUCCUCUGCUCUAUCUAUCGCUACAUACUUUGUCUGAAGCUGUCAUCCUAGAAUUUGACUUCAAAACAAAUUCGUCAAUGAUUGGAUCGUCUAUAACAAAUCUAACCAAUCAGAGAAUCAAAGUUGAUAACGUCAUCAGGUAGUCCGGCUCUGGCCCAACCCAUCGGUUUCUGGGACCGAUCAGAUUGGUCAGAUUGUGUUCGCAUUCUAGAAAUCGUCGGGGGGGGGGGGUAAAACAUCAGUUUGACGGAGCAAUGUGGAUGGGUAGCCAGGCAAGGAGAUCACAAUGGAGUUUCAGCAGGUAGCCUAGCGGUUAAGAGGGUUGGGCCAGUAACCGAAAGGUCGUUGGUUCAA